AGAGCGGCGGGCGGCUGGCUCCAGUCCGCAUGCUCAGUAGCUGCGGCCGGCCGGGCUGCGGGGUGGCGUCCGCUGCGCGCCUACGGGCUGCGGUGGCGGCCGCCGCGGCACCCGGCAGGGCCCGCCAGUCCCCGCUUCCCCGCUCCAGAGCCGCCGCCUGGGCCGGGGCAGGGCGGGCCCGGGGCUCCUCCAUGCUGCCAGCCGCGGGGCUGCGGAGCCGACCAAGUGGCUCCUGCGAUGGCGGCGGAAGAGGAGGCUGCGGCGGGAGGUGAGGUUGCCGGUGGCGAGGCGACGGCCCCAGGUAAAGUGUUGAGAGAGGAGAACCAGUGCAUUGCUCCUGUGGUUUCCAGCCGCGUGAGUCCAGGGACAAGACCAACAGCUAUGGGGUCUUUCAGCUCACACAUGACAGAGUUUCCACGAAAACGCAAAGGAAGUGAUUCAGACCCAUCCCAGUCAGGAAUCAUGACAGAAAAAGUGGUGGAAAAGCUUUCUCAGAAUCCCCUUACCUAUCUUCUUUCAACAAGGAUAGAAAUAUCAGCCUCCAGUGGCAGCAGAGUGGAAGAUGGUGAACACCAAGUUAAAAUGAAGGCCUUCAGAGAAGCUCAUAGCCAAACUGAAAAGCGGAGGAGAGAUAAAAUGAAUAACCUGAUUGAAGAACUGUCUGCAAUGAUCCCUCAGUGCAACCCCAUGGCGCGUAAACUGGACAAACUUACAGUUUUAAGAAUGGCUGUUCAACACUUGAGAUCUUUAAAAGGCUUGACAAAUUCUUAUGUGGGAAGUAAUUAUAGACCAUCAUUUCUUCAGGAUAAUGAGCUCAGACAUUUAAUCCUUAAGACUGCAGAAGGCUUCUUAUUUGUGGUUGGAUGUGAAAGAGGAAAAAUUCUCUUCGUUUCUAAGUCAGUCUCCAAAAUACUUAAUUAUGAUCAGGCUAGUUUGACUGGACAAAGCUUAUUUGACUUCUUACAUCCAAAAGAUGUUGCCAAAGUAAAGGAACAACUUUCUUCUUUUGAUAUUUCACCAAGAGAAAAGCUAAUAGAUGCCAAAACUGGUUUGCAAGUUCACAGUAAUCUCCACACUGGAAGGACACAUGUGUAUUCUGGCUCAAGACGAUCUUUUUUCUGUCGGAUAAAGAGUUGUAAAAUCUCUGUCAAAGAAGAGCAUGGAUGCUUACCCAACUCAAAGAAGAAAGAGCACAGAAAAUUCUAUACUAUCCAUUGCACUGGUUACUUGAGAAGCUGGCCUCCAAAUAUUGUUGGAAUGGAAGAAGAAAGGAACAGUAAGAAAGACAACAGUAAUUUUACCUGCCUUGUGGCCAUUGGAAGAUUACAGCCAUAUAUUGUUCCACAGAACAGUGGAGAGAUUAAUGUGAAACCAACUGAAUUUAUAACCCGGUUUGCAGUGAAUGGAAAAUUUGUCUAUGUAGAUCAAAGGGCAACAGCGAUUUUAGGAUAUCUGCCUCAGGAACUUUUGGGAACUUCUUGUUAUGAAUAUUUUCAUCAAGAUGACCACAAUAAUUUGACUGACAAGCACAAAGCAGUUCUACAGAGUAAGGAGAAAAUACUUACAGAUUCCUACAAAUUCAGAGCAAAAGAUGGCUCCUUUGUAACUUUAAAAAGCCAAUGGUUUAGUUUCACAAAUCCUUGGACGAAAGAACUGGAAUAUAUUGUAUCUGUCAACACUUUAGUUUUGGGACAUAGUGAGCCUGGAGAAGCAUCAUUUUUUCCUUGUAGCUCUCAAUCAUCAGAAGAAUCCUCUAGACAGUCUUGUAUGAGUGUACCUGGAAUGUCUACUGGAACAGUACUUGGUGCUGGUAGUAUUGGAACAGAUAUUGCAAAUGAAAUUCUGGAUUUACAGAGGUUACAGUCUUCUUCAUACCUUGAUGAUUCGAGUCCAACAGGUUUAAUGAAAGAUACUCAUACUGUAAACUGCAGGAGUAUGUCAAAUAAGGAGUUGUUUCCACCAAGUCCUGAAAUGGGGGAGCUAGAGGCUACCAGGCAAAACCAGAGUACUGUUGCUGUCCACAGCCAUGAGCCACUCCUCAGUGAUGGUGCACAGUUGGAUUUCGAUGCCCUAUGUGACAAUGAUGACACAGCCAUGGCUGCAUUUAUGAAUUACUUAGAAGCAGAGGGGGGCCUGGGAGACCCUGGGGACUUCAGUGACAUCCAGUGGACCCUCUAGCCUUUGAUUUUUAUCUCCAAAAAUGAGAAACAUUUUAAAGCAUUUCAUUUACGAAAAACUGUCUCAACUAUUCUUAAGUACUGUAUUGAUAUUGUUUGUAUCUUUUAUUAAUGUUCUACCAAUUUUUAUAGAUUUGCAUCUUCCUGUCACAGGGAUGUGGGGAAAUAUGUUUUCCUCCCAAGAGAACCAAGUUUAUUAUAGACUCCUUUAUUCAGUGAAAUGGCUUAUAAUCCACUAGUUGCCAUAUUUUUGCUACAAUAUUUCUAACCAAGAAUACUACUUACAUAUUGUUUUGGCUUUGUUUUAUUUUUGAUGCAGUUUUUUUUAGUUGAGGUAAUGUAAUAUAUUGAUGUUUUCCUUUGUGUCUAAGAUUCAUUUAUAAUAGUAGGUUUGUAUAAUUUGGAACAUUUUCCAUUCCUUGCGAAUUUCCUUAAUUGAGGAUAGGGCUUACACACUUCAAGAAAACAGUGAGUACUUGAACAUUUAAAGGGACAGUGCAAUUUAUAGUCAUAAUCACAUUGAAUACUGUAUUUGAUCUUUGGAGACUUAGGCAAGCACAGAGCUGGGAUAUUUAUGCUCAGUUGAGCACUUUAAGAUGAAUUUUAAGUGAGAUGAUUUCUUACUUAAAAUUCAGAAAGUCAAAAGAGUUUCAGCUUUCCUUACAGAAAAGGAAGGAUCUUGGGCCCUAGAUCUUGGGGAUUAACCUCUGCAUAUAAGAUUUACUCUUAAUAGGCCAGACGUGGUGGCUCACGCCUGUAAUCCCAGUACUUUGGGAGGCUGAGACGGGCAGAUCACUUGAGGUGAGGAGUUCAAGACCAGCCUGGCCAAUAUGGUGAAACCCCGUUUCUACUAAAAAUACAAAAAAAAUUACCGAGGCACUCACUCUUGAGGUAACUAACCAACUCCCACGAUAAUGACAGUCCAUUCAUGAGCGCAAAGGCCUCAUGACCUAAUGGCACACACCUGUAAUCCCAACUACUUAGGAGGCUGAGGCGAGAGGAUUGCUUGAACCUGGGAGGCAGAGGUUGCAGUGAGCCGAGAUCGCACCACUGCACUCCAGUCUGGGCAACAGAGUGAGACUUCAUCUCAAAAAAAGAAAAAAAAAGAUUUAAUAUAAUCACUGAAGAUCUCUACUAUAGAUAGAUUAGGUUUUUGACAUUGGAAACAUACUUAGGGAUAGAUUCGUCCUAAAGGAAAAAAGUAGGCCCGGGCAGAUUAAAUGUCUUGUGUAAAGUCACACAUUAAAUUCAUAGAGUUUUAAAUGUUUAAUGUAUAUAAACUAGUUUCUUUAUACACAUUUGGGAAAACAUUGGUUUCACAGGUUAAAUGAUUAACUAACUGACCCAGGAACUAGUUGUAGCUUUCUAAGUAAUUAGGCAAUUACAGUUAUUGCCUGUAACCAAAGGUAAUAAAACAAAUGACAAGUACAUGUUUAAAAUUAUGAGGCAAUGAGAAAUAAUUUUAAAACCAAUUUUCUAGUUAUAAUUUAAAAUUUGGAGAGCAUUUUUAACAGUAAUUAAUCCAGAGGUGGCUCAAAUUGAGUAUAAGAAUUAAGAUUAUUUAAAAUACUGCAUGUCUACCUUCUCGGGGAUCAUACUUUAUAACACUUUCUGCUUCAGUAGCUCUUCAUAGCUUGCCAAGUAUGCUCCCAUAUUUUCUCUCUUGUGCCUCGCAAAUGAAAGUCAGAUAGGCUGGGAACUCAUGGGGCAGCCCUCAGACUUCAAUGUGGGCUUCAAAUCCAGUUUCCUGUUCUAUAUGGUGCUACAUCUUUCCAGAAAAUUUCCCUCGGAGCCCCUCGCCAAAACAAAGCAUUAUUUUGACCCUGCAUGCUAUUUCUUUAGCUGUAGGUGAUAGAUUAGAACUUCUGUCAGACAUGUUAAUGACAAACAUACCAACAGACAAUAACCAAAAGCAAAUGUUUCCUUCAAGUGUGAAAUGUGCAGGGGCUGCGUGGGCAAGGAUGUAUUGGCACACUGUCCUCUUGAACUGAUAGUGUCCCAGCAAUGUUGGAGGGUCGGCACCAUUCCUGGUCCGACACUUGAGGACCUGAGAGACAUCAGGUUUAGAAUGAGCCAAAGAAAUCCUACAAGAUGGGGAGAAUUGGUGUGCAGCAGCCUAGGCGUUAUAGUUAAGUCUAAAGAAGUAUGAAAGAUCCCCUGUGUUCUCUAAAUUGAGCAGAGGGGCCUGCCUACCAAUAUCACUUUUUAGGGGACUGAACCAUUGCAGGUUAGACUUGGCUUCCAAAGAGUGUGCCUAAGCCAGGGGUGGCAGGGUAGGCCAUCAUGGCUGGAUGGCCUCAAAAGCAGAUGGGGGCAGACUUGCCCUCGUGAUGCCAGGAUUUGAGAGGCAGAAUUUCUAGAGGGAGACCAGUGCUGCCUCGCACAGUGGCAGUUUUUUCUCUUUGCAAGAGGAGGGGCUGUUCAAUUCCAUAGACCAGUGGGCGGAUAGCCAGUUGAAUACUCUGUGCAUGGUUUGAUCCUUUAUUAGUUCGCUCUAAUAUUUUUCUGUAGAUCCUUUUGUCCUGGACUCAGAAUCUAAUCCAUGCAUCAUAUGAUACCGUAGCUCUCCUAAGGUUUGUGUUUCCUUCAAAAUGUUUUAGUUUUCUUCUACUAAAUUUGAUUUUUGCUGUUAGAAGUGACAUAUUUUUAUGGUAUACACUAUGUUCCUUUUUUCUCCUACAAGUCAAUUUUUUGAAUUUUCGUGAGAAAGAAUAUAUCUACAAAUUGCACGAAAGUAUCAUAAAAACAGUACUCUAGACUUUUCUUUUCUUUUUUUUGAGAUGGAGUCUCACUCUAUCGCCCAGGCUGGAGUGCAGUGGCGCGAUCUUGGCUCACUGCCAUCUCUGCCUCCUGGGUUCACGCCAUUCUGCCUCAGCCUCCAGAGCAGCUGGGACCACAGGCGCCCGCCACCACACCUGGCUAAUUUUGCUUUGUAUUUUUAGUAGAGAUGGGGUUUCACCAUGUUAGCCAGGAUGGUCUCGAUCUCCUGACCUCGUGAUCCGCCCACUUCGGCCUCCCAAAGUGCUGGGAUUACAGGCAUGAGCCACUGCGCCCGGCCUACUCUACACUUUUUUUAACCCUAAGAAUUACCACUACAGUAAUGUAGUGGAGUGGGAAGAGUGCCUAGAAUCAGAAGACCCUGUUGAGGCUGAAUUUAGCUGUAUGACCUCAUGCAAGCCAUUUAAACUCUGUGCCUCAGCGUCCUCAUUUUUAAAAGGAGGUUUGAUCUCUAUGUUUACUUCCAGCUCUGAUUCUGGGAUUCUAGUCCACAGGACUUGGGUGUUAGGGUGGAACCUAGAAAUGUGCUGUCCAGUGCAGUAGCCACUAGCCAUAUGUGGCUACUGAGCACUUGCAAUGUGGCUAGUACAAAGUGAGCUGUGCUAUCAAUGUAAGAUACAUACCAGAUUUUGAAGACUAGUAUUACCAAAAGAAUGUAAAAUAUCACAUUAAUAAUUUUAUAUUAAUUACAUGUUCAAAUGAUAUUUUGGAUAUACUGAAUUAAAACAUUAAAAUUAGUUCUACUUGUA